AUUCUAGUAUGUCAUCACUCUAUUUAUCCAAAAAUAAAGAAACCAAGUUGAACCAAAAUAGAAGUGUUCAAUGCUUAGAAAACUUCAACUAUUUCAGGACCAAUAAUGCACCUUCAAAAGGAAGCACAAAUUUCCUAGCCUAUAAAUACAAUUACUUCAACACAAGUUCUCUUCACCAACAUACAACAAUGGAUAGUAUACCAUACAUGCAUCAAAUGGUUUCUAGCUUGGUUUUGAUAAUUCUAUCUAUUUCUUCAUUGGCUUCAGCAUCUCUGCAGGUGGGUUUCUAUAGCUACUCAUGUCCAUCUGCUGAGGCAAUAGUGAGAAGUGCAAUUGACAAAGCUGUUUCACUCAAUCCUGGUAUAGGUGCUGGAUUGAUUAGAAUGCAUUUUCAUGAUUGCUUUGUGAGGGGUUGUGAUGCUUCUGUGUUACUAGCAUCAACACCAGGAAAUCCAAUAGCUGAGAAAGACAACUUUAUCAACAAUCCAAGUCUACAUGGAUUUGAGGUAAUUGAUGAGGCCAAGGCUCAAUUAGAAGUCGUAUGUCCGCAAACAGUAUCGUGUGCGGACAUUCUUACAUUUGCUACACGAGACAGUAUUCUCAAACUUAGUGGUGGCACUAUAAAUUACGAUGUACCUUCAGGACGGAGGGAUGGCCGUGUCUCAAUCAGCGACGAAGUGCCAAAAAAUAUACCUUCACCUUUCCUCAAUGCUGACCAACUUAUAGCAAAUUUUGCACAAAAAGGUUUGUCAAUUGAUGAAAUGGUUACACUCUCAGGAGCACAUUCAAUUGGUGUAUCACAUUGUUCUUCUUUCUCUAAUCGUUUAUAUUCAUUUAGUGAUACAAUUUCUCAAGAUCCUUCUAUGGACCCUUCAUUUGCUGAAUCUUUGAAAACAAAGUGUCCACCACCACCAAGUAACACUAAUCCAAUAGUGAUGCUUGAUGUUGCUACUCCUAAUCGUUUGGACAAUUUGUAUUAUGAGGGAUUGAUUAACCAUCGUGGAUUGUUGACUUCAGAUCAAACCUUGUUGAGUAGUCAAUCUACACAAGAAAGUGUGCUAAGUAAUGCUAAUUAUGGUUCAAAUUGGGCUACUAAGUUUGCACAAGCAAUGGUGCAUAUGGGUUCUAUUGAUGUGUUAAGUGGCUAUGAUGGUGAGAUUAGGAAACACUGCAGCUUUGUCAAUUAGGGCUUCUUGUAUGAAAUAAACAAAUCGUUUCAUAUAUUAUGUUUGUAGUUAAUGUUUGAACUUUGGAUUUUGUUUUUUCUUAAACUCUUUCUGGUGUUUGAACUAGUUUGAGCUUGGUCAACACUCAAUACAAUUGUAAAAAGGGAAAUGUUAACCGCAGCAGUCUGGGGCAUUGGUUAAAGAAGCAAAUAUAGUAACUUUUGUAUCGAAAACUGUAUAAUUAAUUUUUCAAAAGUAAAAAAAAUGUCUUUUUUAA